AUGGUCUACAGGAACAGGGUCUACUGCUACAGGGUCUACUGCUACAUGGUCUACUGCUACAGGGUCUACUGCUACAGCGUCUACUGUAACAGGGUCUACUGCUACAGGGUCUACUGCUACAGGGUCUACUGUAACAGGGUCUACUGCUACAGGGUCUACUGUAACAGGGUCUACUGCUACAGGGUCUACUGCUACAGGGUCUACUGUAACAGGGUCUACUGCUACAGGGUCUACUGUAACAGGGUCUACUGCCACAGGGUCUACUGUAACAGGGUCUACUGCUACAGGGUCUACUGCUACAGGGUCUACUGCUACAGGGUCUACUGCUACAGGGUCUACUGCUACAGGGUCUACUGUAACAGGGUCUACUGCUACAGGGUCGAGUGGUGUUGA